AUGCCUGCUAUAGAGGCUGAAGAGACUCCCAUGAACAUACUAAAAACAGAAACAUCUACCCCAGACCACCAACGAGAGGGAGACAUGGGUAAAAAACAGCAAGGAAAAUGUCUCAGAAAGAGCCCCACCCAGCCUCGUGUUAAGCUUUACUGCUGCUAUGCAGUGAUCAUGGCCCUCACUGUAGCUGUGAUUGCACUUUCUUUUGCUUUGUCAGGAUUUAGAAGCUCUUCAGGAGAAAAGUGUUCUGGUCCUAUAAAGGAUAAAAAUGUUGAAGUGAAAAAGGAAAAUGCAGUCACUUCAACUCCUGCACCAUGCUUUGCCACUUGUCCAAAUGACUGGAUUGCAUAUGGAAGCAAAUGUAUUUAUUUUUCUGACGUUGAGAGAAAUUGGACAUUAAGCCAGAACUACUGCAUGGCACAUGAGGCCCAACUAGCUGGAUUUGAAACUCUGGAGGAGUUGAAUUUCCUGAAGACAUAUGCGUGGAAAUUUCAGUACUGGAUUGGCUUGCACAGAGAAUCAUUACAACACCCUUGGAAGUGGACAAACAACACUGAAUAUAAUAACUUGGAACCUGUCCUAGGAGAUGACAACUGGGCCGUACUGUCUACAGAUGAGAUCUCCAGUAACAAGAGCUUCGUAGAAAAAUACUGUAUUUGUAGCAAACCCAACAGCUAUACAUAUUAGUAUUCAGUGCCUAGUAAUUUUUAUCUAAGGUAGAGAAAUUGUCAAAGUAUUUGUGAAAAACCUGUUAU